AUGGUAGAUAACAAUAUUCUUGAUUGCUCGAUUCGUUUCGAAGAAAUACUUUCGGAUAAUGAUGAUAAUAAUGCUGAUAAUCGAAAUGCUUUAGUUCGUGAAUCAACACGUGAUAUAUUUUCAAAUCGUAUUCAUACACCUCCAUUAUUACGAUCACGUUCUCCAUAUACAGUUUUAAGUCAAACAUCAAGUCAAAAUAUAAUGAGUACACCAAAUCCAAGUCAACUUACUGAAGAAAAUCGUUAUUUAAAUGAUGAAUUAAAUCGAGUUGAAACUAUAUUAAAUUUAACACGAGCUGAAAAAGAUGAAUUAAGUCUACGUUAUAAUGCAUUGUCUGAUCGACUUGAACAAUCAUUACGUGCACAAGGUAUUGAUAUAUCAUCAGAUAUUAGUAGUUUGGAACCUGAACGAAGUCUACUUGUUCAACAAAAUAUUGAUUUAAGACGAAAACUUGAAGAAGAACAUCAAAAUUAUAAACGAAAAUUAUCUAAUUAUCAAGAAGGACAACUAAAACAAGCACAACUCGUACAAAAACUACAACAAAAAGUUUUACAAUAUAGACAACGAUGUUCAGAACUUGAACUAUUAACUGAACAACAAAAACUUGAUAUUGAUCGUAUUCGACUUACUACAAAUAAUAAUGUACAAUCUUCAUCAACAUCUACAUUGAUUUAUGAAUCUCGUAUUAAUCAGAAUAAUGACGAACAAGAUGUUGCAGCUAUUACGCUCGAAGAAGAAAAACAGAAAUUGUCCAAUCUAAGUCAAGUAAAUAUAAUGUUAAGAGAACAACUUGAUCAAGCUCAUUUAGUUAAUCAACAAUUGUCGGGAGAUUUACGUCGUCUUACCAAUGAACUUCAACAAGUGCGCGAAGACUUAACAAAAAAAACACGAAAUUGGAAAGAAGAAGAACGAAUGUUUAAUCAAUAUUAUAAUAACGAACAUAAUCUUAUAUAUGAUUUAUGGCGUGAUAUUGUUUCAUUUCGUCAACAAUUUACUGAACUUAAAGGCAUUACUGAACGUGAUUUAACACGUGUUAGAAAUGAUCUUUCACAAACAGGUCGAUCAUUAACGAGUGCUUGUUUUGGAUUUUUAACUGCAACUAAAACAACUGAAAUUCAAGGACAAGCUACUACUGAACGUGAACGUAGUGAUCGAACUAAUUUAGAAAGUCAAAUUCGUGAAAAAACACGAGAUAUAUUUGAUUUACAACAUAGAUUUCAAGAAUUAUUACAACUCAACGAAAAAUUACAUUUUAAAUUAACUGAAAAAGAGAAUACUAUCAUAAGCCUUACGCGUGCCAAUCCAACAACGACAUGUGAAAAACAAAUUCUAUAUUUGGCUUCACAAUAA